AUGACUUCAGUCCGUGGCAGCCGUACCGUCUAUCGCGAGCGCGAGGAUGACUAUGAAGAGGCGCCUCGCCGCACAUACACCACCGUGAAGCGAUACCAGGUCCCCGAGUCCAUCGCGCGAUCAACCUACAAGGAUGAACAUGACGAGACGGACACCAAGAAGAUUAUCAUAAAACGAGAACGCCGCGACGACCCGCCAGCCUCCUCGAGACACUCUCAUUCCCAUCACGACGACGACGAGGACGUGGAGUGGAAGUUUAGCAAACGCACCUACGAGCGCAGCGAAGCUCCAAAGCAUGAGCAUAAGCAUGAACAUGACGAUGUAGACAUUCGGUACACUAGGACUGAGCGAUCUGCCGACCCACCCCGACGUGAUAUAAGCUAUCGAGUCGUUGAGCGCGAGAGUGACUACGACCGACCUCGUGCCAGGAGCGAAUUCAAGGUGAUUGAACGCGACACGGAAGUCGUGCGAGCGCCGUCUCCACCAUCUCCAGAGCGCGUGCGCGAGUUUCGCUUCGAGCGAGAGAGAUCCUUCUCUCCACAGCGGGAACGUCCAUAUGAUGUAGAGCGUUACAGCAAGAGCACCGAAUACUUUGCUCAGCCACAGCCCCAGCCGAUCAUCAUCCGACAGGACGCUCCAGCUCCACAGGCUCCGAUCAUUAUCCGCGAAGAACGCCGAGAACCACAAAAGAUCAUCAUACGCCGCGAAGAGCCGCAGUACGAGUUUAUCGAGCGCAGGGAAGUCACUGAAGAACGCGACGAAAGCAAGUCUCUUGUGAAGAAGGAAGAACCGCCGCCACCAGCACCAAUCCCAGAGCCCGAGAAAAAGCCGGAGGAAGACUACUUCUAUGAGCGACGUGUAGUCGAACGACGAAGACGCAGUGACAGCUACGACCGUAAGACGGAGAUUCGACCGCGCGACAGCGCCUCCAACUAUAGCAGCGACGGCAGCUACGAGUACGUGCGCCGCGAGCGUAGAGUGGAUGGUGAAGAAGAAGACACUCAUCACAAACGCAACUUGGCAGGAGGCGCCAUCGCAGGUAUUGGUGCUGCCGAGAUCAUCAGACAUCACCGCAAGCGUAGAGGUGAGGAAGUUGGCGGUAGAGGCCGCAGUGCCAUUGGUGGAGCAGCUGUGGGCGCACUUGGUGCAGAGGCAUUAAGCAGAGUGAGAAGCAUGCGUAGCUUGCGUGGUUCGAGGUCGCGAUCAAGGUCGAGAAGCCGCAGCGGCGAGCGACCUCGCAGACGCCGACACCACCAUCGCUCUCGAUCUAGGGACGACGACAAGCAGUCAUUCACCAAAGCUCAACAACUUGGCGGUCUGGCUGCUGUCGCCGCCGUCGGAGCACUUGCUGGCUACGCAUUGAAGAAUCGAGGCAACAAGGAGACGGUAGUGGUGCACGACGGUCGUCAUGGUAGGCGCAGUCGAUCGAGGAGGAGGCGUGGCAGUGUCGACACUUAUCUCUCAGACGAUCCCCGCGGAGGGCCAUCUGAACAUCGUGACCCCGAUCAUCGAAAUCGUCGGAUUGCACAAGCGGGUCUAGCUUCCGCAGCGGCUGCAGGCAUCCUCGAGCGAGUCCGAUCGAAGAGUCGAGGUGGAAACCGAAGCAAGUCCCGUGUCCGACAAGGAGUGCCCAUUGCUGCAGCAGGUCUCGGCGGAGCUGCCCUAGCCGGUCUGUAUGAGAAAAACAAGGCCAACAAAGAAGCGAAGAAGGAUGCGAUCAUCGAAGACGAGAUUGGCAGGGGAAGACGCAGGCAUAGCCGAAGUCGCUCACGAAGUCGCGGGUACUACGAUGACGGCUACGGCCAAGAACCAUACAGCCCCCCUGGCAAUGACCACUACAUCCAGGGCAACCAACAAAACGCGGCUUAUGGCCAGCAGCAAUCAUACCCCUCAAGCAAUUAUUUCCCACCGCCACCGACUGGAGACCAAGCAUAUGGUGAGCACGCUUAUGCGCAACAACCACAGCAAACAUACCCGGCAUACAAUCCGGCGGACUAUGCAAACCAGCCACCUCAACAACACCCCUACGAGAACACUCGUGGCGCUUACGGCGACAGCGAUGCCAACCUAGGCCAAACAUAUCCCGGGGAUACGUACGCAGGAGAUGCUCGUUAUGGUGGACAGGAUCAUGACAGAGGUCGAGGUCGACCAGAUCCUGAGAAUGUGAGUGCGCCCAACAGCUCGGAGCGCGAGUCUCAGGAAGCGGAUGGUAUAGCAACCCCUACAGAUCGACGGAGGUCAACAAGUCGUGUAAAGUUUGACUUAGAGUCGAACAUUACACAUUCGCCAGAUGCCUCGCGGCGUAAGGAGGAUGCAAAGCGCGGCGAUCCAAGUGAGAAGCGGCAUAGCGAUACGGAGACUAGUGAUGACCGCAAGCAUCGACGCCGCAAGCAUAAGGGCAAGGAACGGGGCGAGGCAACACGUGAAGACCCGGACAUGACGCGUAUCCCUCACGAACAACGAAGAGCACGAGAUGACAGAGAUAACGACUCCGACACCACGGUAGACCUUCCGCCUCGCUUUGACGAGCGAGGCAACCGUAAACCUGGAGAAGACGACCUGGCCGCCAAGAUCAACGAUCUGCUCAGUGAUGCUAACAACAGCGACAGAGGCGAAAUAGCAGCCCGCAUCUUCCAGUCUGCGCGCGAAUUGGACCUUGAGACGUACUCAUUGUACACCAAGCACGAUGUCAGCCAUAUUUACAAUUCUCAUCAUGCGAUUCGACUGAAUUCACCAAGUGAUUAUAUGUCCAUCGAGGCCUUAUUGGAUAUCGCAAAGAAGCAUCAAAUCGAUGCUAUUCAUCCUGGAUAUGGUUUCCUCUCCGAGUCACCGGAGCUUGCGGCUCGAAUGGCUGAGAUCGAUGUCAUGGUCAUCGGUCCCGGGGCGGAAAUUCUAGAGAGGACGGGCGAUAAGUUACGGGCUAGACAGUUAGCUGAGGAAUGUGAUGUCCCCGUCCUACCAGCGUUGACGACGCCGACGGGGAGUGUAGAUGAGGUGAGGCGAUUUGCUGAGACGAACGGUGUACCGAUUAUGGUGAAGGCCGUGGAUGGUGGUGGGGGACGGGGGAUCAGGUUAGUGAGGAGGAUGGAGGAUUUGGAGAGUUUGUGCAGGCGAGCUAUCGAGGAGAGUCCGUCAAGACAGGUCUUUGCGGAGAGAGCGGUGGUUGAGGGCUUCAGACAUGUUGAAGUGCAGAUCCUCGGCGAUGGAAAGGGCGGAGUCAGGCAUUUGUGGGAGAGGGAGUGUAGUAUUCAACGGCGGUACCAGAAGAUCGUGGAGGUGUCGCCAAGCAUGGUCAGCGAUAGGGAGUUGGUGGGAAGGGUGAUUGGAAGUGCGGUGGCGAUGGCGAGGAAGGUGCGGUGUGCGAGUUUGGGGACGUUUGAGUUCCUGGUGAAUCCUGAGUGUGGGGAGUUCUUCUUUCUGGAGGUCAAUCCGAGGUUGCAGGUGGAGCAUACGAUUACUGAGAGUAUUUGUUCGACGGAUAUUGUUAAGGCACAGUUGAGGCUUGCAAUGGGUGCGACGUUUGAGCAGGCUGGACUGGAGGGUUUAGGGGAAGACCCGCUCGUGCCACCGAAACCGCGUUCCAUACAAUUGAGGCUGACUGCUGAGGACCCAGAGAAGGGGUACUCGCUGAGUAUUGGCAAGAUCCAGUCUUUCCACUUCCCAUCAGGAGUCGGGACGAGGGUGGACACUGCCCUGGUACCUGGAGCUCCAGCGAUAGUGACAUCUGACUUCGACAGUGUAAUCGCCAAGAUCAUCGUCACUGCACGAACGUGGCAGGAUGCAGUCAGCAAAGCACGGCGUGCACUGGACGACACAAGAGUCACAGGGAUCCAGACCAACCUCGCACUGCUCCGCGCCAUCGUCUCACAUCCCGAUUUCGAAGCAGGACGCUACGAUACGCAAUGGCUCGAAUCCAAACACGAAGAACUCCUCGCCCUCAGUCGCAAGCUCCAAGGAUCCAAAGAUCCAUUCCACGGUCAAGUGCAGCAACAAUCCAGCAACUCUUCCCAAGCAAUCGCCUCAUCCAGCGGUGGCGCCAGUAUGUUCAAGAAAGACGACGCCUGGACCAUAGACCUCAAACCUCAAAGCACGGCAUCGCACGACACACAACCCCAUCACCUCCACCUAACCAAAAUCCUCAAAAACGACUUCCCAGACUCCUUCUCCGCCGACAUCCUCUACACACAGCCAGGCCAAAAACUCACACCCCUCACCAUCUCCCUGAACUCCACCUCCGCAUCGGGCUCCGCGCUAUCGUCAUCACAUCCCAUGGGCUCCAAGUCGGAUCCCAACCAUGUUAUCAUGCCGUUGUCAGGGAAGCUCGUGGAAGUGACGAUCGAUGCAUGA